ACCAAUUGCGAACGUGUGUGCUGCUGCUGCGCGCGGAAAAAAACGUAAAUCUUCGUAUAUAUCAACAAAACAAUUAGAAAAAACAUAACUUGCAGUUUACCGGGACAACUAUACAAUAUAUUUUGAUAUUUUCAUACCGUUUACGCGCUUGCUUUGUGAGUUAUCUCCAAUUGAAAAUUGCAAAAAAUCACAGCAACAAAAAAUCAGUUUACGACGUUGCCAACGUUACGCACGCGUAUAAUUCGAAAAAUACAAUAUAAAACAACUAUUUGUGCGGAUAAUGUUAAUAGACCUGAGUGAAAGUGCCAGGAAAUUAUACAAAUAAUACAAAAUCGGUUGAUUUUAAGCAAUAUUUUUUGUGCAACUACCUGUUCUGCAGCAAAUGCAUAUACACACAUCCAACAACAACAACAAACCUUAGCGAGCAUCUAACUGUUGCGCUCGGCCGGCUGCUCUUCGUGUCUCUCUCUCCUCCGCGUCUUCGUAUGUCCGCGAGUGUUUUUCGUUAGUUUCGCGUGUGUUUCGUGUGUGUUUCGUGUUUGUUUCGCGUUCGUUUCGCGUUUGUGUGCGGCUGUUGUUGUUGUGGCUUUUCGCCAAGUGCAAUUAUUCGUUUCUUUUGUUUUUUAAACAACUUAAUGUCCCGCUAAACGGUUUUGGAAGCCGUCUCUGCGCGCCGCUGCUCCAAUUGGAUAUACGCAAAUAUAUUUUAACAGUUUCUGUACAGUAAAUCUUCCCUGAAAUGGCCCCCAUGCCACGUAUUCAACUGCCCAAUGGCAAUGCCUCAAUAAAAGCCAAUACAAAUAAUUUUCUCUAUGCCGAGACAAUGUCUGGAGAUAGUAGCCCCACGCCCAGUAGUCCACCCUCCAGUACAGCGGGCGUGGCCAAGUCCCAGUGUUCAUCGCUCUCCGAUGGCGAAUCCUUUGAGGGCUAUGGCGAAAAUGAGUAUCCCACCCAAUUGCGUGAAGGACGAAGCUCUAAUAACAAUAGCAAUAACAACAAUAGCAACGUCAUCAACAAUAAUAACAACAGUCUGAAUGGUGGCAAUACAAGUUCCCUGCACAAUCACAGUGGACACUCGAAUGAUGGGAAUAAUAAUUUAAAUGGAAGCACAGGCAUUGAACUCGAUUUGGCACCCCAUGUGGGGGCAUCAACACCACAAGAUGAUGACGAACUAAACAUAAUGCCCCGAGACAAUUGGGCCCGUCGCAGCUUGAGGCGAACUCCCACCAGCAAUCCUGAUAGUUUAUCCCAGCGUCGUUGGGGAUCCAUGAGACAUUCCGGCCGCAGACAGAUUAGUUCAAAUGCCUUAGCCAGCCAACUCUAUAGAUCAUCGAGCUUCAACUCAUCGGGCCGUAGCUCCAACUGUGAUACAACCGAAGACAUGUACAGCGAUAUAAGCUUGGAGAAUCGCCAUGAUUAUGACUAUAGGCUUGAAUUACUGCAGCGCAAGGUGGAGGAUCUAUCAGAUACACAGAAUAUAGCCGAAGAUCGGACGACACGCACCAAAACCGAAUAUGCUGUACUCCAGGCCAGAUAUCAUAUGCUGGAGGAGCAGUACCGAGAGUCGGAGCUGCGUGCCGAGGAGCGUUUGGCCGAGGAGCAGAAGCGUCAUCGCGAAAUCCUGGCCCGUGUGGAGCGUGAAGCCUCGCUGCAGGAUGAAAACUGUCAAAUGAAGAUCCGUGCCACCGAAAUCGAGGCUGUGGCAUUGCGUGAGGAGGCUGCCCGUUUGCGUGUCUUGUGUGAUAAGCAAGCCAAUGAUCUUCAUCGCACCGAAGAGCAACUGGAGUUGGCCCGCGAUCAGAUUGCCUCACUGCAGCAGGAGCAUGAGGAUCAGGCCUUGGCUUUGCGUCAAAAUGAGUUGGCCAAAAAGUCGGCCGAGGAGCUGAUGCUGGAGCUGAGCCGUGAGCUGCAGAGAGCACGUGAGGAGAGCGGGGCCAGGGCCAUGCCCACCACCUCGCCGGAGAGCAUAAGACUGGAGGAGCUGCAUCAGGAGCUCGAGGAGAUGCGCCAGAAGAAUCGAUCCCUUGAGGAGCAAAAUGAGGAGCUGCAGGCCACCAUGCUCACCAACCAGGCCACCAUGCUGACCAAUGGUGUGGAGCAGGGUCGUCAUUUGCUCAAUGGAACCCUCAAUAGUCUGGCCCAGGAGCUGGAGGAGAUGUCACAAGCCCAGGAUUCUGUGGAUUCAGCCACAUUAGCAUCCUUAAGUCAGCUGCAACAGGCCUUCCAGGAAAAGGAGGAUGAGAAUGUUCGUCUAAAGCACUAUAUUGAUACAAUCCUACUCAAUAUCGUGGAGAACUAUCCUCAGCUGCUGGAGGUCAAGCCCAUGGAAAGGAAGUGAAGCAAACCCCAAGGCAAUGGAGAUAAUGCCACCUUACCACCUAACACCUAACUAACUAAAUCAUAACUUUAUGUUAACAUUUUAAGCUAAACUCUAUAUAUAUACAUGUAUUUAUGUCGUAUAUUUAAGUCGUAAUUUAUUUUAUAACAAAAUUAUUGUAUUCUUUCUUUUAAAAACCAAAACAGAACAACACUGAAUAAGAGAAAACACAAAGAUUUGUAUGUCAAAAAGAAGAUCCUUAAAUGUUUUUUGUAAAAAGUGAGAGAUAGCCUGAAAAUUCUGUAAAAGUUUAAAUCUUUAAACUUGAGUCUUGUAUAGUGAGUGUUGUUAAAUCCAUAAAUCUUGUUAGCUUGUAAGUCUUAAAUAUGCAUGUUUAAUCUUUACAAAACAAAAAACGAAAUCAAGAAAUGGAGCCCCAAUUAUUUUAUCCUAUGACAAGUUACUAUAAUUCUCUAAUUGAAAUUGAAGAAGAACUUUUAUGAAGUGUUAAUGUUUGUUAGGAGAUAUUUUCCAAUUUGUUGAAUAAUGGCAGGCUAAGAAGGUUUUUACUGGGAGCUCUUAUUCUUAUUCUUUAAACUAUUUUAUGUACACUUUUUUUUAAGCAUCACCCAAAAGAUUAACCCUUUUAAAAAUCUUCUUAAGUUUGCCAGCAAAAUAAUAUCGAUCGAGAAAAAAUUUGCGUUUAUGGUAUGGACAAUCCCAGGAUAUGCAGUCGGUGUUUUAGUUUAAUGUGGAUCAUUCACUUACUAUCUAUAUCUAUAUAUAAAAAACAUAACUCUCAAAACAUAUGUCAAUGUAUAGCACAUCGCAGUUGAAACUAAACAUACUCUGAAUAUAUAUAUUUAUCAUUAACCGAAUAUUAAAGUGGCCGUAAUGUGCAAACAUUUAGGGAUCCGAGGUCUCUUUUUGUUUGAUAAUGCGAUCCCUAAUAGUCUAACUCCAGCGGUCAACACUAAAGUAUAGCUAAAUAUUUAUAAACAAACAAACAUUAGAUUUGAAAUGAGAACUUUAAUCAAAAUUUGAUUGCCUUAAAUGGACGUUUUUAAAGUGUUUUAAGGCCCUAGUUAAACUCUAACAAAGAGAAGUCCAUAACUUUUAAUGACCAUACUAAGUAACAUGCAAAGUAACAUGGAAUUUUUAAAUUUAAUUUACAAAAUGCAAUAAGCUGAACUUAUGUCCAAAUAAAAACUGAUGCAUAUUUUAUAAAACAUCGA